CGGGUAAAGCCUCUCCUAUACGCUCUUCCUUCCCUCAGACCGCAGAAAACAGUGAAACCCUCCCACAGAGGUGAGAGCGCAGAUGUCAUGAGAAACGCGACCAUACGACCAGAGCGCGACGACUGACGCACCACGCAGCCUCAGCCCGCCCGUCUGCGCCCCUGUCUGGGAUGCUUUUAGCGCAGAGACGUCUCCAGCCAGGACAGUCGGUGGACCUCGACGCAGAUCUAAUCCACUCUUAUCGUUGUUAUUUUUAACCGAGGAUCUCCCCCCCUCCCGCGACCCCCUCCCCUAUUAAGUGUUUAUGUUUGUUUCUUCAUGACUGCUGCUUUGGGAAGCGAGCCUCAGCACCAGCUCCAGCAACGCCAACACCAUGCGAGCCCAAAUCGAAGUAAUACCAUGCAAAAUCUGCGGAGACAAAUCAUCAGGUAUCCACUACGGCGUCAUCACGUGUGAGGGGUGUAAGGGAUUCUUCAGACGGAGCCAGCAGAACAACGCCUCCUACUCCUGCCCCCGCCAGAGGAACUGCCUCAUCGACAGGACCAACCGGAACCGCUGUCAGCACUGCCGCCUGCAGAAAUGCCUGGCGCUGGGGAUGUCCAGAGACGCGGUGAAGUUCGGCCGCAUGUCCAAGAAGCAACGCGACAGCUUGUACGCCGAGGUCCAGAAGCACCAGGCGCGGCUGCAGGAGCAGCGGCAGCAGCAGACGGGCGAAGCGGAGGCUCUGGCGCGGGUCUACUCGUCCAGCCUCACCAACGGGCUCUCCACGCUCAACCACGAGAUCGGGGGCACCUACGCCAACGGCCACGUCAUCGAGCUGCCCAAGGGCGCCCACGGCAACGGCGGCGUCCCAGGCGGCUACUACGGGAUGGAUUCCACCCAGCCGUCUCCAGACCAGUCGGGCUUGGACAUGUCGGGCCUGAAGCACAUUAAGCAGGAGCCCGUGUACGACCUGACGCCGGUGCCCAACCUGUUCAGCUACGGAGGCUACCAGGACAGUCAGCUGGGGCCCAGUAACGUCAGCAUGGGGGAGCUGGACCGCAUUGCUCAGAAUAUCAUCAAGUCCCACCUGGAGACAUGUCAGUACACAACGGAGGAGCUGCAGCAGCUAGCCUGGCAGACACACUCCUACGAAGAGGUCAAGAUGUACCAGAGCAAGCCCCGGGACGUGCUGUGGCAGCAGUGUGCCAUUCAGAUCACCCAUGCCAUCCAGUACGUGGUGGAGUUCGCCAAGCGCAUCUCAGGGUUCAUGGAACUGUGCCAGAAUGACCAGAUCCUCCUGCUCAAGUCAGGUUGUCUGGAGGUCGUCUUAGUGCGAAUGUGCCGGGCGUUCAACCCCCUCAACAACACCGUGCUCUUUGAAGGGAAGUACGGAGGCAUGCAGAUGUUCAAAGCUCUGGGCUGUGAUGACUUAGUGAGCGCGGUGUUUGACUUUGCCAAGAGUAUGUGUUCGCUGCAGCUCACGGAGGAGGAGAUCGCCCUGUUCUCAGCAGCCGUGCUCAUCUCCACAGAUCGGCCGUGGCUGAUGGAACCUCGGAAGGUCCAGAAGCUCCAGGAGAAGAUUUACUUUGCCCUGCAGCACAUUAUGCAGAAGAACCACAUGGAUGAAGACGCGCUGGCUAAGCUGAUCAGCCGAAUCCCGACGCUGUCGGCCCUCUGCACGCUCCACACCGAGGAGCUCCAGGCCUUCCAGCAGCUCCACCCAGAGACAGUCAACGUCCUUUUCCCCCCGCUCUACAAGGAACUGUUCAACCCCGACCCCAACUCUGCCAUGGCCAUGCCCAAGUGACCGCCCGUGGCCCCGCUGCGACAAGAGAACCCGAUGCCGGCCACGGCCGACCGGCCCGCGGCAUCGCCGUGGCAACCGCGUAUUCCAGAGCAAGCCCCUGCAGCCCCGCGGCGGCGGCGGCGGGGUAAGGAGUCGGCUAUGAGAACCUUACAGAAAACGCCAACAAUAGGAAUGUCCAGCACUUAACCCAUCCCGUUCACCGAUACAGUCUGAAGAAUGUAUAUAUAAAUGAAACGCACCCCAAGCCGCAACCUGAGCGGGGCUCCUCCUGUCUCCAGAACUGAAAAUGACUGACAAGAAAUGUACAGACUUUAAAACAUCUAUGAAAAUUUUUAAGCUGUCAAACUUUUAAAAAAAAUGGGUAAGUUAAUUUGUUUUCAAAACUCCUUUUUGUUUGAAUCAUUUUCCAGAUGAAGGAAUUGUUGAAGCAGCUGGAUGGGGGCGGGGACUACAGAUUUAGAGACGCUAUUGUAGAUAUUCUUCUAGUGCAGAGCGGAUUCCAGUAUUACUUCUUGUUCUGUUAAAAUAAGUUAGUCCUAAUUUAAAUAUACAGCAGUCGACUGCGGCUGACGCUACCUUGUCUAUGUGGUUUUGUUUUAUUUGAUAGUUUCUCGUGUACAGAAUUUGUAAAGUUGAGACUUGUAAAAGAAUAUUUGGGUAAAAACCAGGGUUCGAUUGGGGUUCGCUGAUAAAUAGAAGCCUUGUCUGGAUUUUGUUCAUAUGUAAAGCAGGUACUACAUCCUUCUGAUGAGGACCUACAGACGUGUAAAGAAAGCAUAUGGAGGAUUUAAAAAGUAAAUAAUGGCUACUACUUCUCAAGGUAAAAUAUGUACAUAAAUAUUCUAUUUUGCAACAAUAAGAAUCGGGCAGAUUUGCCAUCCUAUCUUUUUUUUCCUUGCUGCAAUAAUUAUGUCCAAUAAAAGCUGGACUGCUUUCGAACAAUCAACCAGAAAGAACCAUUCAGAAACUUGGACCUCACAAUAAAUCCCUACUCCUUUCCCUUUUCUUAGUCCUUCUGUAUUAGGGUCUUGACAUGAGAUUUAUGCAGAUUUCUGCAUAGACGUGGAGACCGUUUCCAUCUAAAAAACCUAAAAUCAAAAACUUGAAAUUAACCUCCACCCUUUCCAAUCUUCAAAUGCUCCACGAGUGCGGUACGCCCUCAUCGCUCCAAUCACUAUUUGCACAAUCCAGUUCAUGGAUGCCAUACACUCCAGGCUGUGAAUAUGGACACAAGGACCCUUCUGUUUAAAGAGCAAUAACUUUCACACUGCCUUUUGAUCUCACUCCUGUCCUUUCCCAUCUCCAGCCGUUCCAGCAGAUGGAACUAGAUUCAACUAUAUCUGACUCUAUUUCAAAAAUAGGUCUAUCUGCACACACAUUCCACCAGAAACAUCUGGGGUUUGGACACAACACAGACAAUGAGAUUUUAAAUCAUGUAAAGCUGCAUUUCUAACCUUCUCUAAUAGACAAUCAUGUUUUGCUUUUUCAUAACUCAUACUUUUGGCCACUGUGUGAGGUUUUACUGAGCAUUUGUACUGCCUGGACAUGUUCACUGUAAUUUUGUUCAAUCAUUGAUAAAUGUGUUUAGAGGUCUGUUGAGUUCUGCUUUCAGCCAUGUUAUGUUGUGUUGCCAACUAAGAACCUUAAUCAAAUAGUGAUCUAUUUACCAAAAUAAGAAACCCACUACAUAAUAUGAGCAUUAACGUAUCAGCUGAUUUUUUUAACAGUUGUCACUUAACAUUUUCGACAAAAUUACAACUUUGUUAAAUUAUGCACUAAUAGAGGUGACCUGUUGUUAGGUGGUCUGUAGUUUGCAAAUGUUCAUCACACGGCGGCCAACACAUCAUGCAUCCAUUCCCAUCCACAGCAAUUAACACUUCCCCAUGGUGAACAACAUAGGUCAACAGCAUGGCGACUGAGCAUGGAUGAUAAACAUGAGUGAUCUGCUCACAUCCAUCAGUGACCUAUUCCCAGGUUCCUCCAGGACCCUUCCUUCAACCCCUGACCCCACCCCAGAUCAGAGGCCAGUGACUUUCUAAGACAAUCACUUGCUCAUUAAGGCUCGAUGCACUACCCAGCAUCUCUCAGGGAGCUGCUCUUUUUCUGACUUUGCAUUAAAAGAGGGUUUAAUAUUUUUGCAAAUCUACAAAAAAAAGGAAUUCAUUAUAAAAGAAUAACUUUGUAGGAUAUGGCAUACACAGCCGCCCACGUGUGCCAGCAAUGGAAUCUGCCCAGACAAGGCUUUGAUACGUGUGUGUCUGUGUACUGUGUGUCUGUAGAGCAUGAAUUCACUGUCCACAUCUGUGUAGAGCCACGUAGACUCUACGACAAGCAUCGUAACGUAGCACAAGAUGAAAAACUAUGUACCUACGACGUGCUCUUGUCACCAUUGUACUUGUUUACUGCUUAUUUUGCUGCUUUUGGGACAGUGAGGGAUUUCCACUUAGAAAGCUGUGAGCUGAGCUCCAUCAUUACCCCCCUGGGACAGUGAAUUCCAACUCUGAAUAUGAGGGUUUUGUGUGCGGUGUUUUUUUUUUCCCCCUUAUUAGACUGUGAAUCAGAGGGUGGGAUGGGGCUGUGAGAGGUGAGGUGCUGGCGAGAACAUGUGGUAACUCAACACUGUAAGUAAGAUACUGUAGCAAUAAGAACUGGAGGCAUUUACUACUGUCAUGUUUGCAUUGUAAGAUUAUUUUCUAUUUUAUUACUAUUUACUAUUAUUAUUGUUCUUAUUAUGACUACUAUUCUUCUAUUACUAUUAGCCUAUUGUUGUUCUGUUCUACUUGCAUGACGUUUCAUUGCAAUGAAACAUUUGGGGCUUUGUUUUAUUCUCUUCUCAUGAUACUGUGGGGUGAUGGCUGGGUGGGCAAUGGGUUCAGGGCCAAUUCCACGUCAAUUCAGUCAGUUCAAAGCAAACUCUUUUUUUCCCGAGCUGAAAGAAUUUUUAAAUAAAAUACUUUCAUUUAUAUGCAACCAACUAAAAAAAAAUGUUGUUGGAUUUUAACCCCCCCCCCCGAAUGUGUGAGUCGUAUAAUCAAUGAGUCAGACAGCGGUCCAUUCAGAACUGGCCUUAUUGAACCGGAUCAGAGACCCUUAACCUGGCGGGAGGGAACGAUGUGGGGAGGGUUAUUUAUUCUGAAUGUUAUGGAGUAGUCUGUUCAGUGUGAGGGGCUGAACACAUCAUGCGCCUUUACCACUCCAUCAACACAGACUGACAUCACAGAGCGCACAACAAAUCCUAGUGGUCGUUUUACGCGGCAACUCGGUCAAGGUGCGCACAUCUUUACUACACUUAAUUUGAAAGGCAUUUCCUACACUUAGUGAAAUACACCCCACCCUGCGCCUCCUUCUCCCUUUUUAUGAGAAAGUAUGUGUACGUGUGUGUGUGCGUGCGUGUGGGAGAGAGAGAGAAUGAUUUUGCUCUACCAAUGCUUUGUAAAUUUUCUUGAUGCAUUACACAUGCGUGCAAUUGGAGUAGUGUUGAAAAUUGUUAAUUUAUUGUUUAGAAUGUCUUUGCAUCCCAGCAAGAGCAAAUAAAACAAAAUGUAGCAAACUGUAACUGAAACCUAAAGGUACUUUGGCUACAGAACCUCUUUUACACAAGACUAACAAAAAAAAAAGAAAAAAAGGAAUCAAAAAAAAUAUUUUUUUGUUUUCAAAGUGCCAUAGCUAGUGACGAGUGGAAGAAUGGGCAGAAUGGGCGUAGAUGCUUUUCUGUGUGAGUUUACUUGAGAAACCAAUCAAAAAGGGGAACUCCAAGGAAAAUGUGUAUUUGAUUACACUGACAAACAGUUUUUACAUUUUAUGCUUUUUUUCCAGAAAGGGCACUGAUAGACUCUGAACUCUGACCCUUAUGAGAAUGAAAGCAUGUGUAUGUGUGUGUAUGUGCGUACUUGUACUUGCAUCGCAGUGAGAACCAAAAAGCGUAUUUUCCUACCAAAGUGAGGACAUUUUGAAAAAGUGAGAACAUUUUGGUGGGUAAGAAGCUGGGGAAUGCUUUAUGUCAAUGACGGUCCUCACUUUGACGUACAGUACAAGGAUGUGUGUGUGUGAGUACUGUAAGUACAGCCACAUUUGAUGGAUCAGACAGGGUUAAAGUUCAGAGCUACGCAGGGCCCCUAGUGAGUCCUUCUUCAAGAUGUAAAUACAAUUUGAAGGUCUGAAGUGAUUUUUGUUAAAAUCUAUAUUUUAUCGCUUUUGUAGACAUUUUGUUGUGGGAAGAAAAAAAUAAAAGAAAUUUUAUGGGUGCA